AUUUCCUAUAAGCAAAGCUCUCGCACUCGUGCUCACUUCGGUCACUCUCUCUUUCUUACACUCACUGCUUACACAAUUUACGGGUGUGUCCAACGGAUGUUAGUAUUGUUGUUGCAAAUAAACCGGUUAAUGUCUGCCAAAAGCCAAAAAUGCCAAAAGCCAACACACAGAUUAACUGAGAGCGCCACCCAACACCCAGGGAGGUGCGCUCGCGAGCUUAUACAAAUGUGUGAAACACACACAUAUUGCCGAACAACCGCAACCAACGCGAUAUGCCGCAUAGCGUCUACGCUCUCCCAUUUCGAGUGCGAGUCACCAAGCUUUGCCAAGUCGCUAGGCAGCAACGUACAGCGAACGUCACCGGCCGCAUCAGUCGACAUCAAAUGAUGAAACUGUGCUCAUCUCGCAGCAACUCCACACUGUUGAAUGUUGUGAUCGAUCAACGACUUAGAAUUGACACCUGUCGAUAUCUAAUGGAAAUACAAUCGCGUCGUCUAGCGGGAGAAUAGAACUAAAUUCUAAACUAACAUAAAAGGU